AUAGUUGAUUCCAUGCAUAAAAUGGCAUACUAUUCUGCACACUAAUCGACAAUCUUACAUUCUAAAAAACAAAACAAAACAAAAAAAAUGAUAGAAAUCGGGUAUAUUGUAAAAUGGGUAAUUUGUUUAGUGAUUGUUAGAUGGGUAUGGAAGAUUGUGAAUUGGGUUUGGUUUACACCAAAAAGGCUUGAGAAGUUUCUAAGAAAACAAGGUUUAGAUGGAAAUUCAUACAGAUUUUUGUUGGGUGAUCUCAAAGAUAUGUCUAAAAUGCGUAAAGAAGCUAGACAAAAACCUAUUCCUUUUACUCAUGACUUCUUUCAUCGUAUCUUGCCUUUCCACAAUCACCAUUUCAAUAAAUACGGGGAAAGCUUCUUUUCAUGGAUGGGGCCUAUACCAGUUGUGAAUGUUGCAGAACAAGAGCAAGUAAAGGGUGUGUUCACUAGGAUAAAAGAGUUUCAGAAGGCCAAAUUAAACCCACUUGUUGCAUUGCUUGUCCCUGGACUUGUGAGCGCUGAAGGUGAUAAAUGGGUCAAGCACAGGAAGCUCAUCAACCCGGCUUUUCAUAUGGAAAAGCUUAAGCUUAUGCAUCCAGCAUUUGGCGCCAGUGUUUUGGAUAUGGUGAACAAGUGGGAGAAGAUAGUAUCUAAAACAGGUUCCUCUGAAGUGGAUGUGUGGCCGUUUGUUUCCAGCCUGACUGCAGAUGCUAUCUCUCGUGCUGCUUUUGGCAGUAGCUAUGAUGAAGGAAGAAAGAUAUUUGAGUUGGUUCUUGAACAAACUGAAAUCACCCUACGCCUUCUGCAAUCAGUUUAUAUCCCUGGAUGGAUGUAUGUGCCAACAAAGACCAACAGGAGGAUGAAAACAGUAAACUCUGAAAUACAAAAUUUAUUAACCGGGAUAAUCGUUAAGAGAAAGAAGGCAAUGGAGGCCGGCGAAGCUGCCAAGGAUGAUUUGUUGGGGAUAUUGUUGGAGUCCAACUACAAAGAUACUGAAAAUGUUCUCAGUAAUAAGAAAAAACUAAGCAUGACUUUCCAGGAAUUGAUUGAUGAGUGCAAACUGUUCUACUUAGCAGGGCAAGAGUCGACCUCGGUGUUGCUAGCAUGGACAAUGAUUCUGUUGGGAAAGCACACAGAGUGGCAAGCACGAGCACGAGAAGAAGUAGUUGCAACGUUUGGUAAAAACGAACCUGAUUUUGAAGGCUUAAACCAUUUGAAGAUAGUGACAAUGAUACUGAAUGAGGUGUUGAGGUUGUACCCUCCAGUGUGUACAAUCACCCGUAAGAAUUUCAACCACGACGUACAGCUUGGAAAUCUGACAGUCCCUCGUGGUGCUAUGGUUACGAUGUCAGCAUAUCGUAUUCAAAGAGAUCCUAAAAUAUGGGGUGAUGAUGCAAAAGAGUUUAACCCACAGAGAUUUUCAGAAGGGGUUGCAAAGGCUACAAAGGGGAAUAUUGCAUUCUUUCCGUUUGGUUGGGGGCCGCGAAUUUGCAUCGGACAGAACUUUGCACUUAUUGAAGCUAAAAUGGCAGUGUCCAUGGUUUUACAACGCUUUUCUUUUGAGCUAUCACCGUCUUAUACUCAUGCUCCUACCACUAUCCUCACUCUUCAACCCCAACAAGGUGCUCAUCUCAUUAUACAUAAGCUCAGGGACUAAGUUAUUGCUACUAUACCAUGUAUACAUCUAAGAUUUCAUCAUGACAGAAACCAACUUUAGUAUUUACUUAAUUUUGUGUUUUAGUCUAUAAAUUAAAUAAAGUGCUUGUGCACUAAGUAGAAUCUCUUGAUAAAUUUUUGUUUUUACCACUAGAUUUUGUCAUACUUUUAUUUUACGCAUUCUACUUAAUUAUUUUUCCGUAACUUGUACUUGGUGCAUGAAGACAUUUGAGCCUUGAGUUCAUGAAAACAGCAAGCAAUCAACAUUGUCAUUAGAGCUCUCA